AAGAAAAACAAAGAGUCAGGAGAAGGAACAAGGAGAUAAAAAAAAGUCGAUAAAAACAGAUAGAGAGAAGGCUCCGGACAAGCGACUGCUGCGCAUCAAAGGAGGGACCGUACUGGGGACCUUACUGGAGACCAGCGCCAACAAAACCCGACUCCGGAGGCGGAAUAUAACGGUGACACUCCAGAGCUCCUCUGCCCUCCUGAGGAUUCAGUGAGACAGGCGGAUCUGUGCGCCCGACCAUGGCCUUCCCAUCAGCCCCCUCCGCAUUAUGGAGUGUCAGCUUAUUGACAGUACUAUUCGCUGCUGCGGUUCACAGCAACAUUAUCUACGAAGACGACCCCUUGCAGCCGGUGACCUCAGAUGAGACGGUGUCCGUAGGGGGGACGGUGACACUGACCUGCCGGGUGCCCGAGAGUGAUAACUCCUCACUGCAAUGGUCCAACACUGCACAGCAGACCCUGUACUUUGGAGAGAAGAGAGCGCUGAGAGAUAACCGCAUCCAGCUGCACCGCUCGACAUCCACCGAGCUUUCCAUAACCAUCGCCGACGUGCAGCUGUCUGACGAGGGCGAGUACACCUGCUCCAUCUUCACCAUGCCGGUCCGCACCGCCCGAGCCACAGUCACAGUGCUAGGUGUGCCGGGCAAACCUCAGAUCUUGGGCUUUGAGAAUGCAGUGCCGGAGGGGGGCAAAGUCACCCUGACCUGCACCAGUACAGGAAGCAAACCCCCUGCCAGGCUGCGCUGGUACCGAGGAGACCAGGAGCUGGAUGGAAAAAACGUGGUGGCGCCCGUUCCAGAUGAUCCAACAUACAAUGUGAGCAGCGAGCUCACCCUGGAGGUGAGCCGCAGUGACGACAACGCCCUCAUCACCUGCGCCGUCGACCAUCCCUCUCUGGCCCCGGGGGACAAGAGGAGCGAGCAUGCUCUGCGGGUGUUGUAUUCCCCGAACGUGCAGAUCUAUCCUGAGAGCGAUCUGCCUAGAGAGGGGGAGAAGUUUAAUCUCAAGUGUUCCGGUGACGCCAACCCUGAGCCCAACUCCUACAUAUGGGAGAAGAAGGAUGGAGAUCUCCCCCCACUGGCCAAAGCCGACGGUGCUUUCUUACGCUUCGAGAUGCUCAACAAAUCAGAUAAUGGCGUCUACCUCUGUCAUGCAGACAACGGCAUCGGAAGCAGCCAGGGGGACUACACACUCGUGGUGCAUGACCCCACAGCCAUGUCGACCUCUUCGGGGGUGGACCACGCCGUGGUCGGAGGGGUGGUGGCUGUUAUCGUCUUCAUCCUGCUCUGCCUCCUCAUCGUCCUCGGCAGAUACCUCAUCAGACACAAAGGAACGUAUCUGACCCACGAGGCCAAGGGCUCGGACGACGCCCCCGACGCGGACACCGCCAUCAUCAACGCAGAGGGAGGCCACUCCGGAGCAGAGGACAAAAAGGAGUACUUCAUCUAGACAGAGGACGGGAGCGGUGGAGGAAAGGAGCAGGAGGAGGGGGAGGAGGAAAAUAAGCCGGAAGACGUGGAUUAGGGGAGAGGGGAGGAGUGAAGGGAAAAAAACCUCCAUUUGUUUUCACGACGCUUCAGUUCUUCACUCGGUUGGAGGGGUGAUGGGAGGGAAAGAACUGUGGGCAGGAUAAAGCGAUGAGUUGAGCUUCAACUGGUACUACCCUCUUUGCAUUGAUACAGGGAAGUGAGAUUUUGCACUGACAUAUGGACGAACUGAAGUCAAACACACACAAACAUACAAACAUGAGUCAGUUCUGGGGAAAACUCUUCUCACACAGACUUGAAUGCUCGUAGAUGCUCCGAUUAACAAACACGAGCCUCCUGUACUAACACGUCUGAAUUAUUUCUGAAUGAAACAUUAACACAUUUUUACACAGGCAUCGUAUCCUACUUCUAACUGUCAGCGCCUUCGAAAAAAAAAGAAAAAAAGCUAAAUUGUAAGUCGCAUCCCGAGCUGAUACUUCACUGCUCACACCUCGCCGACCUGUCUCCUCAACAUUUUAAGCCACACCAGCUCUGUCUUUUCACGUUUUUUGUCCUCAUUCUGUCCAUCCAACAAGACAGCAUCCCUCUGUAAACAUUCUAGUGGCAGAGAAAUCCAUCCAAAGCAAAUUAUUACUGACAAACAUAAUCUCUCUCUCUCACAGUUUAAUCUUUUUAUGCCAUCAAACCUCUUCCUGAAUCCCCACAAACCCUGGUACAAGCUGUUGAAUUUCCCACAACGCAGCACCACAUAACAUGCAACACUCAUGCAAAAAUAGCAUUCCCGCCUUGCGCUACCAAGCUGAGGGGCUCCAGUAUACAUAUAUAAAUAUAUAUAUAUAGAAUUAUAUAGCAUUCUUUUUACUUGACAGAAAAUGUUUGGUGUGCUGUAAAUACACUCCCUCUGUCCUCUCUCUAUCUUCUAUCCCUCUUCUCUCUCCCUCUCUCCUGUAUCUCAUACAGUCUGUUACUGCAUUACAGUGACUUAUAUACUCUAAAAAAAGCCUGCCUGUUUUUAUUACAUGCGUGGAAAUGCAGAGUCAAAGCUAUCAAUAUCUGGGUAAAAAAAUACAAAAAUAACGACGAUGAUGUUGCGAUGAAAACUAACCUUAACUGCAAAUAUUUGUAUGAGGAACGUUUUCUUUCUUUUUUUUUCUUUUUCUUUUAUUCCUUUUGGGACUUAUGAGAGAUUUUCUCUCCUCAGUGUCUCAGUGUGUUACUGUCAGUGUUAACGGUUUACAGUGUCUGUCGGUUUGUCAGUCCAGGAGUCCAUACAUCCAAUUUUUCCGACCCGUAUUUUGAUUUUUAAGUUUAAAGUUUUGAUGAUAUUUCUUUACUUUUUUCCCAUUUUCUCCCUUCUUUGUUGGCACUCUGCUCCCAAACACUAAACUGUAGCAAAACCUCGGUCGAACGCAACUUCGAGAAAGGUGUCAAAGUGUUUUGGUGUAGUUUUCCUGGAGUAUCACUGCCCGGCACACGUGGACCGCUGCGGUCUUCCUUCCACUUGACCCCGCUGAACUCGCUCGGCUCGCCAUCUCUCCCCUGCAGCAGACUGCUUGUCUUGGCGAGGCCACCUGGCGCUAAAUUCAUUAAGUGGUGACAUCAUGACUUCCUUUAAGAAGCUGGCACGGUCACUGCUUCGGGGAGGUGAAAAUGCUCGCUUGCUUUCCACCACGGGGCCGAACAGGACUGCCUACAUGCAUUAUGACAAACUUCCUGGCAAAAGAAACCCCUUUCUGUUAUUGUUUCUUUCUCUGUGUGUGUUAUUGUAAGCAGGAAUCAUUCGCCAGCUUAGCAAAAGGUUCCCAUAAAUGAACAGUGUUUUAUUAAGGUUGGGAGUUCGCCUUGGCACUGGCAGGCUCCACUUGGCCCGGUCGUGGAAAUUGAUUGCAAUCUAACUAAGAGGCUCUGGGCUCCAGACUGUACACAUGCCAAGGUUUGGCUGGGUGGGCAGGGUGCCCGAGCUGGAGUCUGGGCCGCACUAACGCUGAAGAAAGUCAUUCAGGAACGUAAAUGUCCUCUUCUGUUUUUUUAUCCCCCCUCCGCUCCACUCGUCCAUUUCUUUUCGUUCUUUAAUCAAUCAUCUCGUCUGCGUCCUGAUCCACCUUCACCCGGUCUCUCCUCUCCUCAUCACUCCUUCCCCCUCGUCUCCCACCCCUCCAUCUCUGAUCGAUGUCCGGUUCUCCUUGCUGGUCUCUCUCUCUCAUUCAGGAGUCCGUAGACGUACAGUAGAAGUAGCGUCUCGGUUUGCUGGCGUGCGCUGAUGGCUCUCUGCAGCACUUUUAUUAUUGUGGGGUGUUCUGGAGAGGAAUCCAUUUGCUGUUGUCAGUCUACCCGUAGACACUUAUGUCUGUGAUAGUUUUUGUACACCCUUUUUUGGGAACGUUCAGGGAUUGUGCUUUUUGUACCUUUCCCCUCAUUGUCAUUAACUGCAACCUAGCUAGCUGCUAUGAAAGCAAGUGGCCCGGCUGGUGUUUCUAUAAGCUCGCUAUACGACAAAGGGUAAUAUGACCUGAAGCAGGGUCUGAUCUUUUUUUCUUUCUCGAGCUCUCGCUUGGACCUUUGGGUGACGCUGCAGUAAACUUGGCUUAAACAGUGUUUUCCUGGAGACAACUUUAAACACACAGAGUGGAACAUUUGAAGAAUCAAAAACACUGUUUAUCUCAUGUUUGCUCUGCAACACUCUUUACAGUAUGCAUGUCUGCAGACCAGAGGAUGGGCUUUGUCUCACAGAGCUUAUCGUCCACUUUGAAGAAAAACCUUUGAUUUGUAUUUAACCCCCGGUCUAAUUCUGCUCUGUGAAUGGAGAAAGGAAUACCUGCCUCAUACUCAACAAAGUGUAGUGUCUUUUAAAAACUAAUGGACCUGUAUUUGCCUGUAAUUUAUCGUCCUGUCCUUCGUCUUAGUUAAUGUGCUAGCAUGUAGCUUGCAUGAGAAAAGGUUGGAAAUGUAGAUAGUGUUGGAGAUAAGAAGUGCCGACAAGCAUCUCUCCUGAGACAAGAGCGGCGGUCUGCCCGACUGACUCCCCUGCUGUUCUCUGAUCUGCAAACAUACGCCGUGUCCCAGUUAAACCCGUCUGUACCUCCUCAGCACAGCAGCCCUCUGGAUAAUACUGAGGGAACUGAUGAAGUGGGACUCAUUCUGCCCCCCCACCACCACCACCACUGCUGCAUUAAAGCGAUGUAGGGGGACGAUGGCGUUGAAUUGGGACGUGCAGUCAGUCUUAUUCAUGUUUCAUUGCAUCAGUGCAGUAAUGACUAGCUGUCACCAGAUGCCAGCAAACAGCAGCUUUUCUUUGCAGUCAGACCGAGCUGUCCUGCCCCAACACUCCACUCAACUCCUCUUCAGGCAGUCGCACACUAGCUGCCAGUCAUCUCUUUAUUUUUGUAGUAUAAACAAAUUGAUUUUUAAAUUAUGUUUUGUAAAAGGUGUGCAUAAUCUUCAAUGUUUUCAUUUCAAUUCAAUUGAUAAUCAUUUAUUUUUCUUCUUUUUUUUUAAAUUAGAUUUUCCAAAUCUUGGAGGUUAGAAAUUUUACGCAUUUUAUUGUUUCAACAACCAUUUUUCUAUAAUUUCAUGUAUAUAGUGUUGCCUUUACUGGAUACUCUUACAAGCGCACCCAUACACACUCUGCACACACACUUUGGGUACAUACACAUCCACACACAUAUCUGAAUAUGCACGGCAGGCAUGAAGUCUGUGACUAUGGUGUAUCUGUACAUAUGUGUGUGUAUGUGUGUUUGUGUAUGAGUGUGAGGUGUGUAUUAAUUGACCCAAACAGACUCCGGAGACACUCUUACAUGUGUUGCUUUCACAAAAGUAUUAUUAUUUCGAUAACUAAAACUUUGAUUUUAGACCCAUUAUUUUGGAUGACAAGUCUUCCUUUUGAAUAAAUAUCCAUAUCACAUGAGAAUAGUGCUGUCAUGUAUGUUAAUUUGUACUAUGGCUGAUGAUGUCAUCAGGACGGGGCCCAACCGCAUGCCGUGGUGGGUUCGCGUCUGUUGGAUGUUCAUACAGUAUUUGUUUUAUUUGUUUUUUUGUUAAAAAUACCAGUUCAGUUGUUGACUUCAAUAAACAUGCAUUUGGGUUAAUUU